CCCGGCGCCGCGGGCUGGGCCCUGAGGAGGCCCCAGGAGAGGCAUCUUCCCCGCGGGAGUCGCCGGUGCGGGGGUGGCCGCGGCCGCACCGUUCGAGGAGGAGGACGAGGAGGAAGCGGCGUUGCCUGCCGGCCGAGAGGAAGCGCUCCACCCGGGCCCCCGACGGCGCUCGUUUAACCACAUCCGCGCCUCCGCUGGAAACGCUUACAGGCGUCUGUCACCCGUUCCCUCCAUUUUGAAAGGGAAAAAAGGCUCUCCCCCUUCCCCUACUCCUAGGAGCUGGAGCCAGAGGAGCCGCGCUCAUGGCGUUCAGCCCUUGGCAGAUCCUGUCCCCAGUGCAGUGGGCGAAAUGGACCUGGUCCGCGGUGCGCGGCGGGGGCGCCGGAGAGGACGAGGCCGGAGGGCCAGAGGGCGACCCCGAGGAGGAGGACUCGCAAGCCGAGACCAAAUCCUUGAGUUUCAGCUCGGAUUCUGAAGGUAAUUUUGAGACCCCUGAAGCUGAAACACCAAUCAGAUCGCCUCUCAAGGAAUCCUGUGAUUCAUCCCUAGGAUUGGCAGGACCAGGGGCCAAAAUCCAAGAAUCACAAGAAGCUGAUGAACAGCUGGUAGCAGAAGUGGUUGAAAAAUGUUCAUCUGAGACUUGCUCUAGAACCUCUGAAAAUGAGGUAGUACAGCAGGCUGGUGAUUCUUAUGCCAAGGAUUUCAAAGAAGAACCUGAACAUGAGAGUAGCAAAAUUUCAGUAGUGAGGCCAUUUUCAAUAGAAAACAAGAAUGUCACGGAUAUCCCAGCAGCUCUAGGAACAAAGGCCACUUAUGGCUGUGUAACUGUGGUCUUGGGUGAGGCUUUGCCCUCCAGCGUACCAGAAGCCAUCCUGGAAAAGGCAAUGACAGAAGGCACCAUGGGGGUUGCACUGGAGGCUUCCACAGAGGUUGACCUAAAGGCUGGCAGCUCCUGUCCAGAGCCUGUUACCAACAGAAGCAGGCUGAGAAAACCCAAACCCGUCUCUCUGAGGAAGAAGACAAUUGGCGAAUUCUUAGAGACUGAUACUGCCCUGGAAGGCACGUCUCUCCCCCAGGCAUCCUAUCAGUUCUGUCCCAAUGAGAUGGAUGGGAACACAAAUCCUUUGCUAGGAGGUGCCAGGAUCCAGAGAUCUCCCCCUGAUAUUAAGGAAACAGCAAGCGCUCCCUGCAGUGACACCAACGAUUCAGGAGUUGAGUUGUUAGAGGAGUCAAGGAACUCACCUCUGAAACUAGAGUUUGAUUUCACAGAAGACGUGGAAAAUGUAGAGACCAGGAAAGGCCUUCCAAGGAAGCUUGGCAGGAAACUGGGUAGUAAACUGCCUCCCAAGGUACAGAAAGAUAGCGUUAGUAAGCCGGUGGGUGCCAAAGGUGCGGACCCACUUGCAGAGCCCACUGUACACAGUGCUCCUCCUUCCCAGGCAUCAGCUAAGCUGGAUCCCAGCCAGUGGGACCACCACAACAUCAUUCCCUUUGGGGGCCACUCUACUCUGCAGAGCUCUCCCCCUCUCUCCUCUAAGGGCUCCUACCACUUUGAUGAAUCCAUGGAUCCCUUUAAACCAACUACAACAUUAGCAAGCAGUGACUUUUGUUCUCCCGCCGGUAAUCUUACUAAUGAAAUCUUAGAAUCACCCAAGAAGGCAAAGUCGCGUUUAAUAACGACUACUGAACAAGUGAAAUUUCUCUGUUUUCUGUUGAGUGGCUGUAAGGUGAAGAAAUAUGAAACACAGUCUCUUGCUUUGGAUGGGUGUUCUCAGGAUGAAGGAGCAGUGAUUUCCCAGAUUUCAGACAUUUCUAAUAGGGAUGGCCAUGCUACUGAUGAGGAGAAACUGGCGUCCACUUCAUCUGGUCAGAAAUCGGCUGGGGCCGAGGUGAAAGGUGAGCCAGAGGAAGACCUGGAGUACUUUGAAUGUUCCAAUGUUCCUGUGUCUACCAUAAAUCAUGCGUUUUCAUCCUCAGAAGCAGGCAUAGAGAAGGAGACCUGCCAGAAGAUGGAAAAAGAUGGAUCUGCCAUGACCGGACUGUUGGAAUCCUCUUUGGAGAAGGCCCCCGUGUCUGUGGCCUGUGGAGGAGAGAGCCCCCUGGAUGGCAUCUGCCUCAGUGAAUCAGAUAAGACAGCUGUGCUCACCCUCAUCAGAGAAGAGAUAAUCACUAAGGAAAUUGAAGCAAAUGAAUGGAAGAAAAAAUACGAAGAAACCCGACAAGAAGUCUUGGAGAUGAGGAAAAUUGUGGCUGAAUAUGAAAAGACCAUUGCUCAAAUGAUUGAAGAUGAGCAGAGGACAACUAUGACCUCUCAGAAAAGCUUCCAGCAACUGACCAUGGAGAAGGAGCAGGCCCUGGCUGACCUUAACUCUGUGGAAAGGUCCCUUUCUGAUCUCUUCAGGAGAUACGAGAACCUGAAAGGUGUUCUGGAAGGGUUCAAGAAGAAUGAAGAAGCCUUGAAAAAAUGUGCUCAGGAUUACUUAGCCAGAGUUAAACAAGAGGAACAGCGAUACCAGGCUCUGAAGAUCCACGCAGAAGAAAAACUAGACAAAGCCAAUGAAGAGAUUGCUCAGGUUCGAACAAAAGCAAAGGCUGAGAGCGCAGCUCUCCAUGCCGGACUCCGGAAGGAGCAGAUGAAGGUGGAGUCCCUGGAAAGAGCCCUUCAGCAGAAGAACCAAGAAAUCGAGGAACUAACGAAAAUCUGCGAUGAGCUGAUUGCAAAGCUGGGGAAGACAGACUGAGUUCCCCCGUUAGCUCAGCAGAUCUGCAUUUGGCUGCUUUUCUAUUAACCACAGUUAUCUUGCCUUAUCCAGGAAUAAUUGUCCCUUUGCAGAGAAAAAAAAAAAAAAAAAAAAACUUUAAAAAGCACAUGCCUACUGCUGCCUGUCCCGCUUUGCUGCCAACACAACAGCCCUGGAAGGAGCCCUAGAGCAUCGCACGGUCCCGGGAGGAAUAGCUUCUGAGCAUUGUCUGCUGACAGGUUUGGUCAGGCUACUAAGUUUGGGGUCGUGAUUUCUCCAUCUUUAGUCCAUUUUUAAAAGUCGUCUUUUCUUUUCCAAGCACGUUAAAUUUGGGAUUUUGUGGCUCCUGUUUGGGAUCACCUUCUGUCCACCAGCUGUCUGAAUUUUUUUGUGACCUAUUUAUUUCAUCUUUUAAAUUUAGCAUUCACCAUUGGUAGUUUUAUUUGAGGGAGGAAAUAAUUUGGCCUAUUGUUACUUCUAGUUUAUAAACAAGAAGGGACUAGUACCUGUUUCUACACACACGUACACACACACAUAUAUCCUUAUAUAUAUGCUGCUGUUUUUUCCUCUGAAGCAGAGUCAAAUAAGAGCUUCUCCACACAAGAGUAUAUUUCCAUAGAUGUAAAACCCUGUUUUGAAAGAGUCGUGGCCCAGAAUGCCAACCUCAGAAUUUGGGGAAUUGAAGGUGCGAAGACCCCAGACUCGGGUUUUACAUUUGGGGAAGACUUUUUGCCACAGUGUUUCGUUGCCCUGGUAUUUGGACAGUCCUCAGCCCUGACAUGUGUGGCCCCUUUGGGGUCGGUCCCCAGACUGCACAAAGGGUAGCGCUGGUGGGACUCCCUCCAAGCCAAGGUUUGGCAAGUCUGUCCCAGAGCCGUUCCAUCUCCUCUGCUUCUGUUUGUUGCUACAAAAUCAGCAUCUACUCUUCAUCAUCUUUCUGUUUGAAAUAUGCAAAGAGAAUCUACUUGUAAAAGGCUUAGGCGAUCUCAUUGAGUUCGAAGGUAAUUGUAACCCUACUAGUGAUUGUUAGGUGAGGAAACAAUUGAGUUUUUAUAAGUGCGAUGCAUUGUUCUUCAGUUUGUUGUUUUUUUUUUUUUAAGGCAAAAAAUCCUUUCAAACUUAAUAGAGUGUUUAAUAAAAUGGGCUGUAAAAAUCCUGUGAGCCACUCCAAAAAUCAGCACAUUUUGAAUAUUGUUAAACAAAGAGCAUUUGGAUCCUGGAGGAGAGGAGCGCAGGGAGCAAAACCAUACCCACAAGACCAAAUUCCUCAAGUUCUUCCUGGACAUGGGUCAGGGUGAUGGGACUAUUAGCCCUAAGACGGACAUUUUCCAUGUAACACCAGUGAACUCCCUUCCAUUUGGUAGGCAGAACCAAAUCCGUGCAGUGUUUGAAAGCACUCUUUUGUCUUAAUCUUACACCCUGAAAGUCUUCAUGGUGAUAUGCACUAUAUUGAGUACAUGUAAGUUUUCGUACCUUUCUUGUAAAAACUCUUGCAUGAUCCAACUUCAGCAAUGAAUUGUGCCUAGUGGAGAACCUCUAUAGAUCUUGAAAAAUGCAUUUUUCUUUAGCAGUGUACUAUUCACAUGGGUGUAAUCGUUAGCCCCAGGGAGGUCCAUAAUGUCUUUUAAAGCUAGAAGUCACGUCUUGCCAAUAUGCAUUUAUCGUAAUUGGUGCUUAGGCUGUAUUUUAAAGCCUAGUGUCUUAAUAUUUUGUACAAAAAAAGAACAACUGAAAUGAUCUGUGGUUGGAGAAAUGACUUGACAAUCAUUUGGGCGUUGAAAGCAGUCACUGUGCUUCAGUGUGAGUGUGAUACUGUAGUCACAGUAUCCACGAUGUACGAGUGUCUCCAGUUGGUGGAACUGAUGUCUCUCAGUCCUCCACUACUAGGGAAAUUCACUUUGCAUUUUGCAGAAAGAAGUGUUGCCAAACCUUUUUGCUGCUGUGUUUUGCUGAGAUAUCCAUGUUUAUUUGUUUUAUAUUGAUCUGUUUUAAGCAUGAAAGGCUUUUAUAGUGGUCUCCAUUCUAAAUCCAUCGUCCUCCAUUUAGGCUUCUUAUAUAUAUAAAAAAAAGUAGCUGUGUGUUAAAACCAAGGUGACGACAAUCCUUCCCUAGCACGCUGGUGGAAGAUGCCCCCUAAAAAGACCCCUGUAAGUGAGGUUGCUGUCCAAGGACCACGAAAGGGCCCUGGUUAAGCCAAGUUUGCCACUGGCUUCUCAGCCAAUGGCCAUUACAAGGGAAUGUUCUUCCUUCUCACUUAAUAGGUGGAUAUUCUCCAACAAGAAGAAAAAUAUAGCUUGUUUCACUGGUACAUCAAGAGAAUAUCCUGCACAGAAAGAAGUAUGUUUGUUUUUCUUUAAAAAUAAGCAAGAGAAAAAAAAACUUACAAAAUUCUAAAGAGUAAGAACAUAGCCUAGAAUUUUGCUUCAAAGCAUGUGAGGGCUCUUGAGUUGUUAGGUGGGCGGUAAUAAACCCCAUUAACAAGAGUGGGAAGGGAAGGUGAAAGGAAGCUGCUGUCCCAGAUAGGUCUGGGGGUAUUAGGUGAUCAGUCUUGUUGAGACUCUGAACCCAGAGCUAUUUCUCAAGUUUUUGACUUCGCCAAAGUGUAGAUAGAUAGUCUUUAUCUAAAAGUAUUUUAAUGGGAAGAUUUAGUACAAGACAGACCGAGCAGUUUGUCACUUGGUUGGUCAGCCCUCCUGAGAUUUACUUUAUUUGGAGAAGCUCCUGGAACCCAGUGACCUGUCCAAACCUUUUGUUCUGUAAAACUGUUCUGGAAAUAUUGAGAAGCCCAUUUUUCUCACGUGGUAUCUAGCUUCUUCAGACCCAGCCCAAAUUAGGAAGUACAGAAACACAUGAUGGUGAAAAACUCUGAGGCUCUGGCAGCCUUCCAGAAUGAUAUGGAAUCUAAGGGGAGAUUUACGUUUCAUUUUGGAGGCUAGCUCAGGCUGAAUUUUCUUUCCAGCCAGUUACCCUUCCUUCCUGUCCCACACUUUGUGCAACGCUCACACAAAUACUUGGACGUUUUUUAGGCAGUCCUGCAUUAGCACUGUUUAUACACAGGGAGCAUCAAGUGCCCAGAACAUUCCUGGGCUGACUAAGCAGCCAGAUUGAAGCACAUUUUCAGUCAAGGCAGGUAACAGAGGACCCAGUGGUGGCUUUGCAGCUCAGAAUAGAGUUUUAAAGAGCUGGCACUGGUAAGUCUGGUGUGCUGUGGACGGAGAUGAUUCAGCACGCCCUUUUUUGCUGGGGCAGAAGCUCUAAUGCUCCCUGUUUAUUUCCUCUGGUUCUCCACUACAACUGGUAGCUGUUUCCCAAGUCAUACACGACUGUCGUUCCUCUGUAGUCUGUGACUGUGCGAGCUUGCUCUCGGACGAUGUGGGUUUCUUAUUUUAUCCUCUUGUUGGGAAGAGAGAAACUUAAGUGUUGAAAGAGUAAAUGAUUUAGGCAAAGGAUUUUAAAGUAAAGAUGUAUAUAGUCUAAAGAAUUUAAAAGAUAACAGAUUAUUAUUUGCUUAUUAAAGAAUAAAAUAUAGUCUGGAAAUCCCAGAAUGCCAAGCCAAAGGUCUAAGAAGUCAUCUUCUUCAAAGAUUUUAAAGAAGUAGCAUUUUGAGGAGACUUCUUCCAAAAAGGUUUGACUGGCCUCCACAUUCCAGUGGCUUUGAAAGAGCAAUGUAUCUCUCAAACCUUGAGUCUCCCGCCUAGUACAGGUAGAGGAACUGAUACACUACACACUUCUCUCUAAGGGUCUCCCUGGAAGAUGAUGUCAAUGGCAGCAUUUCCAGGGAAGACCCACGCCCUCGGGCCGAGCCGGCAUUCCGGAGACUAAAGAUUGCACUUUCCGUAGUUCUUCGUCCAAAUGCGAUCCCAUUUCUGUGCCUCUUAGCAUGCAGUUAGAUUUGGACAAACAAGAUUCCUAAGGAAUGACUUUAUUAACUAUAAUAUGGUUACAGCUAUUACGUAUAUAUAUAUAUUCUGGUUAUAGUUCUAAAGUGGAGGUGUCGCGUGUGACGCUGGCCUGUGGCAGUCCAAGUAAUGGUUCCAACUCGUGUGGAGGAGGCCAGGCACAGAGCUGAGGUGUGGCUCGAACUUCCCCUGUAUCCACUCUUCUCUGUAGGGCCGUGAAGGUGUCACUUUGUCCCCCUCUGCCUUUCAGUGGUAUCUGAAACAUACACAGAGUGCGUCCCGGUCCCAUUGUUAGCAGAUGCUCUGUCAGUAAUUUCCACAUGGACGUGGACGGAUGUGAACUCCGGGACCGCACCCAGUCCAGAUGCAGGGCCACCUGCGGGUCACCGGCCACGCGCGCGGCUUCCACGCUGUCCUGGUCACCCAGGGGGCGGGAUCCAGGCAUUCCUUUAAACCUCAGAGGCAGCAGUAAACCUUUCAGUGUUGCUGUUAGCAAGCGUGUUUGCCAGUAGAUGCCCAUUUGUACUCACGUGCCAACAAGUCCAUGUCAGCCGCACACGUGCUUCUGCCGUGUCCCCGCAGGCGCCGAGCUGCGUGCGAGGAGCCUGUCGUCCCAAGGAGCGAACGCUGCACCGACUACUGCUAUCAGGAUUGUGUUGUGUGGAAUAAUCAUCUACAUAAAUUUUAUAUGCACAGUACUUUCCCUUUUAUAUGUCAGGUAAAUAUUUGUAAAAGUUAUACUCACACAAAUGAAAUUAUUAUAAUGAUUACUAAUAUAUUUUUUCCAUGUUUCAUUGCCUGAAUAAAAACUGUUUACCACUGUUA